AUGGAAUGUUUGCUUCCUGUUUCUCAGUUGCGUCUGGCGAAGAAUCAUCACUUACAACUUCCCUCAGAUGUCUUUUUAAGCUCUGGAAAUGGCAGAUGGCAAGCUAGCAACUCGAACUGUCUCAUAUGUCAUACUCGAUUUGGAUGGCACACUUUUGAAUACAGAUGGUGCAAUAUUAAAGCUCUGGCGGGUGCUACUCACCUGAUUCAACAUAUGAGGAAUCAUGAGGUUCCAAUGGCCUUGGCAUCCAAUUCUCCAAAAUCCAACAUCAAGGAAAAGAUUUCUUUCCACCAAGGAUGGAAAGAAUCAUUUUCUGUUAUUAUUGGUGGUGAUGAAGUAGCCAUGGGAAAGCCUUCUCCAGAAAUAUUUGUUGAAGCUGCUAAAAGGAUGAAUGCUGAUCCAUCUAACUGUCUAGUACUUGAAGAUUCGUUGCCCGGUGUUAUGGCUGGCAAAGCAGCAGGAAUGGUAGUGAUCGCUGUGCCAUCUAUUCCAAAACAAGGUGGCCUUUACAGUUCAGCUGAUGAGGUGAUCAAUUCUCUGCUUGAUCUGCAUCCUGAAAAGUGGGGCUUACCUCCUUUUGAUGAUUGGAUCGAAGAUACUUUACCAAUUGAGCCAUGCUACUUUGGGGGACCUGUUAUCAGGGGAUUUGGACGAAGCUUAAAGAUUCUAGGAAUACCGACAGCAAAUUUAUCGGCAGAGAACUUUUCUGCAAUACUAUCUGAGCACAAUUCAGGUGUGUACUUUGGCUGGGCUGGAUUGUCGACCCGGGGUAUCUACAAAAUGGUCAUGAGCAUUGGUUGGAAUCCUUACUUUGACAACACCGAAAAGACUAUAGAACCUUGGUUGCUUCACGACUUCGAUGAGAACUUUUACGGAGAGGAGCUACGCCUUGCUGUGGUGGGCUAUAUUAGACCGAAACACAGGCCACCGUCACUCGAGAGCUUGAUAGCGAGAAUUCAUGAGGACAGAAGAAUCGUAGAGAAAGCCUUAGACCUUCCUAUAUAUGUUGGUUAUAAGGAAUCACCAUUCUUGAGAACUCCUUGCAACUGAGAGAACUGGCUAUAUUGGCACUCAGAAACAACUGGUGUUUACAAGAUGAUGGCUUACCAACUUUCUUGACCUAAUUCAUGAACUUUAUGAUUGAUGUUUAAGCUAACUCUUGUUAGACAUUAUCUGGAUUAUGAAUUUAGUUAACCAUGGUC